UGUGACGUCACUGUGUUUGGUUGCGUCUGUACUGAUGUGAGAGACAGUCAGUUAGCAUGUCUUUCCAUUUCAAUUUAAUAAUGGUCUGAAGAGGAAAUCAUGAAUCUCCGCGGUGUUUUUCAAGAUUUCAACCCCAGCAAGUUCCUGAUCUAUGCAUGCCUGCUGCUCUUCUCUGUGCUGCUGUCAUUGAAGUUGGAUGGCAUCAUCCAGUGGAGCUACUGGGCGGUGUUUGCGCCCAUCUGGCUCUGGAAACUCAUGGUCAUCAUUGGGGCUUCAGUGGGCACUGGGGUGUGGGCUCAUAACCCACAAUACAGGGCUGAAGGAGAGACCUGCGUGGAGUUCAAGGCCAUGCUGAUCGCCGUGGGCAUCCACCUCCUCCUGCUCACCUUUGAGGUUCUGGUGUGUGCCCGCGUAGAACGGGGUUCACACUUUUGGCUUUUAGUCUUCAUGCCGCUCUUUUUCGUCUCACCGGUUUCUGUUGCAGCUUGCGUGUGGGGAUUCAGACACGACCGCUCACUAGAGCUGGAGAUUCUCUGCUCGGUCAAUAUUCUUCAGUUCAUCUUUAUUGCAUUGCGACUGGAUGAAAUCAUCAGAUGGCCGUGGUUGGUGGUGUGCGUGCCGUUGUGGAUUCUUAUGUCCUUCUUGUGUCUGGUUGUGCUCUAUUACAUCGUCUGGUCUGUGCUCUUCCUGCGCUCCAUGGAUGUUAUUCCCGAGCAACGGCGUACUCACAUCACCAUGGCGAUCAGCUGGAUGACCAUUGUUGUUCCCCUGCUUACCUUUGAGAUUCUUCUUGUGCAUAAGCUGGAUGGUCAUUAUAGUUCCAACUAUGUUCCAGUGUUUGUGCCUCUCUGGGUGUCUUUGGUUACUCUAAUGGUGACCACGUUCGGUCAGAAAGGAGGCAAUCAUUGGUGGUUUGGAAUUCGCAAGGACUUCUGCCAGUUCCUCCUUGAACUUUUCCCCUUCUUGAGGGAAUACGGCAACAUAUCGUACGAUUUGCACCAUGAAGAUUCCGACGUGUCCGAGGAAAUGCCCAUCCACGAAGCACCAAAAAUCGCUCCAAUGUUUCGUAAGAAGACGGGUGUGGUGAUCACUCAAAGUCCUGGCAAAUACUUUGUGCCACCGCCCAAACUGUGCAUCGACAUGCCAGACUAAUGCUCAGACGUUUGUCAUCGUUUGACUGUUUUCGAACAGUGAGGAAAACAUAGCACUAUGCACUGGGGUCCACAAUAGGACGUACCCGUUGAGAAAAAGAAAAAUUCAGACCUGCUACAAAGAUGUUUCUUUUGAGCUCCACUUUGGUAAAGACUCUUCAGAAGACUCUUGCGUUUGAGCUAAGCUCAAAUUAAGCGGAUCCUAGCCAUUUUAUAUUUGUAAACCAUAGCCUCUUGUUGCAUUUACGGUCAAAUCCAACUGUAUACGUGGGACCUAUUGCCCUCAGGACUGGUUAAACUUUCAAGACAACUCCGUGAAUGAUCUUGUAAAGACAGUCUAACAUGUAGAUAAAAGAGGCAGGUGGAUUUCUUUUUUGUUUGAUUUUAAAUCCAUAUAUACUGUAUCUGUCAGUCCUAACUAUAAUGUUUGCUCUUCCACUGCAGUAUUUUUCUCUGUGUAAUCCCAGCAGUUAUGGCAGCCCCCAUAUUUACACUGUGAUUGCUGCGUUUAGGAUUACAGAAAGUUGUUAAUAUAAAAUUAUUUUAAAUGCA